UUUAACCGCGAUUCGUACUUGCGUGCUAUGUAUACCGCUAUCCAUUGCCGGUGUGCUCGAGUCAUCCACACGAACUACACGUUGAGCGAUUUGAGCGUCUGUGCACCACUGACGUUUCAGAUUUCGUGCUCGAUCACUGUGUAAGACUGCACGCCAUAAGUGCAGUUCUUGUGCUUGCGUACUUAUCUUGCUGUCGGGACUGAGAAAUCAGUACAUCAGUUCCUGCCACCAUGCCAGGGGGCAUGAUCAAGCUGGCCGGGAAAGUAGCCGUCAUAACUGGAGCAUCAUCCGGGAUCGGAUCAGCCACGGCCAAGUUGUUUGCCCAAUUAGGAGCCCAGCUUUCUGUCACUGGAAGGAAUGCACAGAAGCUGCAAUCUGUAGCAAAAACCUGUCAAGAAAACUCGCCGGCAAACUCGAAGGUGCUAGUCCAUACUGGUGAUUUGACAUCACCAGAGUUUGUAGAGUCAAUCAUUGCAUCUACUAGCAAGAAAUUUGGGAAGAUAGAUAUUCUGGUAAAUAGUGCUGGUAUCAUAGGAACAGGAACAAUAGAAUCCACUUCUCUGGAGCAGUACGACGCCAUGUUUAACAUAAAUGUCCGGUCUGUGUAUUACAUUACGAUGCUUGCCGUACCACAUUUGAUUAUGAGCAAAGGUAACAUUGUGAAUGUUUCAAGUGUCACAGGGAUACGAUCGUUCCCAAACAUCUUAGCUUACUGCAUGUCGAAAAGCGCCAUCGACCAGAUGACAAGGUGCACAGCAUUAGAACUAGCAAGCAAACAAGUUAGGGUAAAUGCAGUCAAUCCCGGUGUGAUUUUAACGGAACUGCAGAAACGUGGUGGGAUGUCAGAUGAACAGUAUGCAGCUUUCCUGGAGCACAGCAAAACGACCCACCCCAUUGGACGGGUAGGCGAUCCUGAUGAAGUGGCCGCAACUAUAGCAUUUUUGGCAUCUGAUGCAGCGUCAUUCAUCACAGGAGCCACCCUGCCCGUAGAUGGUGGCAGGCAUGCCACUUGCGCCAGAUGAUUUUUGCAGUGUUACUUAACAAUUCGAGGGAUAGCUACACUGGUACACUUUGCUAGUCCUGAAUUGGUUUGAGCAUUCCUGAAUAGGCUGUAUUUUGUUC